AUGCUCACGAAGGCACUGAUUUCUUGCGGCUACUUAGCGGAUGCUAGCCCCAAAGAAUACCGAAAGGUUUGGUUCCAGCGUGCUUCCAAAACAGACAAGGCAGUAUCCGCUAUUGGCCAAGUGUGUUCCAUGCUCCUCCCCGAAGAUGGAUAUAUCAAAGACAAAUUGAAUUCCGCACUGCCCGAUCAUAUUCGCAUUAUUGACGUGAUCCGUGUGACGCGUAGUUUCAACGCUCAAACUGCAUGCAGUCAUCGGGUUUAUGACUACUUUUUCCCUACCUAUGCUCUGGCCCCCCGUGACUUGCCCGGUGGCGAUGAGGCACACUGGAAAUAUCGAGUCCCGGCGGAACGCCUGACACAGGCCAACACAAUUCUCAAACGGUUUGAGGGUACGCACAACUUCUACAACUUCACUUCCGGUCGAGAUGCAACUGAUAGAAGUUGCAAUCGUUACAUUAUUUCGAUUGAGUGUCUUCCACCAAUGUUGUAUGGUGAUCACGAAUACUCGGUUAUCCGUGUAAUCGGGCAGUCAUUCAUGCUGCAUCAGAUCCGUAAAAUGCUAGGCCUGAUGUUUGCAAUCGUGCGAGGCAACACUACCGAGGCCGUGUUUGAUAUCGUUUAUCGUCCCGAACGCGUGGACGUUCCCAAAGCUCCGGGACUUGGUUUGAUGCUCAAUCAGGUGGUCUACACGCGAUACAACGAGCGGUAUGGAAAAGAUGGCAUACAUGACCCCAUCGAUUGGUCGAAAUACGAGGAUGAGAUGGCACUUUUCCGAAUGAAACACGUGUACGCACAUAUUGACAAAAUAGAAGUUGAGGAGCGGUCGUAUCCUUUUCAUAUAAUCUUAUUCUAG